AUGUUAAGAAAGUUGUUAAAAAGGCUCAGCGGAGCCAUGGCUGCCGGCGGCGAGUUCGUCGAAGGGUGGCUGGUCGCACAGGUGCUCGGCGAAGGUGCAUACGGAGAGGUGAGAUUGCUGGUACAUUCCCGGUCUGGGGCUUGCGUCGCGCUGAAGGCAGUGCAGGCCGGCGAGGGCGGCGCGCGCGAGGCGGCGCUGCACCGCGCCCUGCGCCACCCGCACGUGCUGCGCUGCCUGGGCGAGCGCCGCCACCACAGCCUGCACUACCUCUUCCUGGAGUACGCGCAGGGUGGCGAGCUGUUCGACCGCAUCGAGCCCGACUCCGGCAUGCGGCCCCGCGAUGCGCGCCGCUACUGGCGCCAGCUGACCGCCGGCCUCGCCUACCUCCACGCGCGCGGCGUCGCGCACCGCGAUAUUAAGCCCGAGAACCUGCUGCUCGACCAUGAAGACAACCUCAAGAUAUCCGACUUCGGCAUGGCGACACUGUUUAGGCACGGGUCGCGCGAGCGGCUGCUGUCGCGUGUGUGCGGCACGGUGCCGUACGCGGCGCCCGAGGUGCUGCGCGCGGAGCGCCGACCAUAUCGCGCGCCGCCCGCCGACCUGUGGGCCGCCGCGCUCGUGCUGCUCGCCAUGCUCGCCGGCGAGCUGCCGUGGGAGCGUGCCAGCGAGGACGACCCGCGCUACGCGGCGUGGCACGCGUGGUGUGCCGCGCCCGGCACGUCGUCCGCGCCCGCCGGCGUGUGGCGCAAGCUGGGUGCGGGCGCGCUGGCGUUGCUGCGACGCGCGCUGCAGCCCGACGCGUCGCGCCGCGCCACGCUCGACAUGUUGCUCGCUGACCGCUGGCUCGCUCAGUCCGACACGAAACCGGACCAUCAGCGCGAUGGCACGCGACGAGUGUGGUGCUCGCAGCCGCUACCGGGCGCGAGCAGCGCGGGGGACACGCGGCGGGUGGAAGGCGGCACGCCUGGCGCGCCUGACCUCAGCGCUGCCGACAUAGACGCGUUGCUGUGCUACUCGCAGCCCGCGCACGCAGACGACUUGCUGCUGUCCACGCCGCCCGACACGCCUGGCGCGCCGCCCGCACCGCCCGGCAUGCUGCAGCGCCUCGUGCGCCGCAUGACACGCGUGUGGCUGCGCUGCGACGACGCCGCCGCCCUGCGUGCGCUCGCCGCGCUGCUCGACCAGCAGCGCUACACCUGGCGCCGCAUACACCCACGCAUCUUUGCUAUAGAUUGCGGGGACGACGUGCGCAUGCGCGCGUGGGCGCUGCCGGUGGGAGGCGGCGGUGAGGGCGACGCGCGCUCGGUGCUAGAGUUCCGGCGCUCGCGCGGUUGCGGGCUGGCUUUCAAGCGGCGCUACCUGCAGCUGAGGCGCGCGCUGCUGGCGGCCGCGCCCGGCGCAGCGCCGCCGCCCGCCGCGCACGCGCUGGCCGCUCCGCUGGACGCGCUCGCGCCCACGCCCACACCCGCCGGCCCGGACGAGCCUAUGGACAUGGACCACGCG